GCGGUAAAACGAGUUUCCGGUGUACGGGAAAGCAGCAGCAGCGGCGGCGGAGGCAGCAUGGCAUCCAACAGCGGCAUGGCUAACUUGAACGGCCAGGAGACCGCGUCCUUGAACGGCGAGCCGGUCGUCAAGCGGCCGCGGGAGAGCGGCCCGCAGGACAUGUCGCUCCGCGUCCCGAAGGAGCCGCAGAACAAAGUGACCGUGGUGCUCGGAGCGCAGUGGGGCGACGAGGGGAAGGGGAAAGUUGUGGACUUGCUCGCAAUGGAUGCGGAUAUCGUCUGCAGGUGUCAGGGAGGAAACAAUGCGGGACACACGGUGGUGGUGGACUCGGUGGAGUACGACUUCCACCUGCUGCCCAGCGGGGUGCUCAACAAGAAGGCCGUCUCCUUCAUAGGAAAUGGAGUCGUGAUUCACCUUCCAGGACUGUUCGAAGAGGCUGAAAAGAACCUGCACAAAGGGAAAGGAUUACAAGGAUGGGAGGAGAGGUUAAAGAUUUCCGACCGCGCUCACAUCGUCUUCAACUUCCACCAGGCUGUGGACGGAAUCCAGGAGCAGCAGCGACAGCAGCAAGAAGGAAAAAAUCUGGGAACCACCAAGAAGGGCAUCGGGCCUGCCUACUCCUCCAAAGCUGCUCGGAACGGCCUGCGGGUCUGCGACCUCGUCUCAGAUUUCAAGGUUUUCGAGGAAAAAUUUCGGAUGUUGGCCGAACAUUUCCUGACGAUGUAUCCCAACCUGAACGUGGACGUCGACAGCGAGCUGCAGCAGCUGAAGGGAUACGCUGAGCGACUGCGCCCUCUUGUGACGGAUGGCGUGUACUUCAUGCACAAAGCUCUGACCGGGCCCAGCAAGAAGAUCCUGGUGGAGGGAGCCAACGCCGCCCUGCUGGACAUCGACUUCGGGACGUAUCCUUUCGUGACGUCCUCCAACUGCACCGUGGGAGGCGUGUGCACCGGGCUGGGCGUGCCGCCGUCCUACGUGGGCCGGGUGUACGGCGUGGUCAAGGCGUACACCACCCGGGUGGGAGUGGGCGCUUUCCCCACCGAGCAAAACAACGAGACCGGAGACCUGUUACAGUCCAGAGGGCGGGAGUUCGGCGUGACGACGGGCCGGCGGAGGCGCUGCGGCUGGCUGGACCUGAUCCUGGUCCGAUACGCUCACAUGGUGAACGGCUUCUCCGCCAUCGCCCUGACGAAGCUCGACAUCCUGGACGCGCUGCCCGAGAUUAAAGUGGGCGUGGCCUAUAAGGUUGAUGGACAACCGCUGCCAAGUUUUCCAGCAAACAUGGACGUUCUGACGCGCGUGACGGUGGAGUACAAGACCCUGCCCGGCUGGUGCUGCAGCACCGAGGCCGCCCGCAGCUUCGAGGACCUGCCGCCUCAGGCUCAGAGCUACAUCCAGUUCAUCGAGGACUUCCUGCAGGUGCCAGUGAAGUGGGUGGGAGUCGGCAAGUCCAGGGAGAGCAUGAUCAAGCUGUUCUGAGCCGCCGGCACGUUUUUCCAUACCUGCAGCCGUCGACGGGAGCCGCCUGUCACACCGGCGGAGGAAGAGGAGGAGGACGAGGAGGUCACAACGCAAACUCAUUCCUAAAGGAAGCUGCUUCACCAGCAGAGCGACAAGAGAAACCUUUUAGUAGCCGUGUGUGUGUCACACUCAAUAAUUCACACCUUUAAUUUAUGCAUUCCACCUCUUGUUUCCUAUAUUUAUUCGGGUGUUUAUCUUUUAAAACCUGCUGCAAAACAUGUAGGUCAGUUUUUUUUAAUCACUUUUUUUUUUCUUAGUGAUUGAAAGUAAUGAAUUAAAGCAGAGUGAGACAUCAGCAUAACGUGCAGUUUUAGCCAAAACCUUCCCUCCUGUCCUGCCGUGUGUCAGCUCUUCUGAUCAGCACACUUUUUAACCUUCGCAUUAGGAGGAAGUUACAAUAACGCUAAAAAAAAAUAAAAAUAAAAAAGCUCUUGAGACUUUGUAAGGAAAUGGAAAACCAAGCCGUCGUGUGAUUUUAGUGUGAGUGUGAACUUUUCUAUCUUUCACCAUUCUGAAAACAUUGAAGCAUCUCAGUGGUUACGUUUGUAUAAAAAUAAAAAAAAAAAAAAGAAGAAGAGAGAAUUAAAUCUUUAUGAUGAUCGCAGGAGCA